AUGGAGCAUCCAGUCAAAUGUUACCUUCGGCACCUUACCACUUGCACAAUACAAACCGCCUUUUCGUUCGUCGGCCUUACUCUUGUCCUUCAUCUUUCCCUGCCGUCACCCGGCCGUCGGAAGCUAUGGCAGCCACAAGCUUACCGCAUUUCCGGCCUAAAGCGAAGCCACUAUACCACUCCAACUGUCAACACGAGCUCUACCGUCCACCCGUCUGAGUUGAUCACGGAUCUACGAACGGAUGUUUGGGCGCCUUGGACUGUGACUUCCAGGUCUCCCAGAUGCCGCCCCGACGUGUUCAGUGGGGCAAACCACCGUGUUUCCGCAUGGCCUUGGCUCGAGUAUUCGGACAAAGAGUUCAACACCAAGGCGGGUCGGACAAAGAACCUCGAGACUCAAGUCUCUAAACAUGCACAGAUAUGGUAUGCCGUCAGUGAUUGUCGAGUCAGGUCAAGCUUUCUGGGCAGAGGCCCGUCUGACGAGCACUCGCUCAAGCGCUCCCUCCUCUGA